GUUUUAGAAGAACGAACUAUGAUGAAGUUUGCUGAAGACGGAAGUCUUCAAGACGAAUGUGAUCUGUCUGGGAUGUUCAACUUUAAUGAAUAUGAAGAUUUCGACAGACAGAGCGUCGAUGAAAAUGUGGAUUAUUCGAUUCUGUAUGAGACAAAACGCGCGACGUUCAAUGGUAGUUUAUCGACUCUCUUGGACGACAUAACCCCCAACCCAGACGUAAAACCUGGUAUUGCAACACUAAAUGGUAGCAUAUCGAUUUAUGAAGGUGAAGAUCAAUCAGUACUCGACACCAACGAUCGUUUAUCGACUCCUAACGAGGACACUAUCCACCUCCAAGAAGACUCUGAUACGGAUGUUUCGACAUUUACCGGCGGUAAAUCGAUUUAUAAAAGUGAAGAACAAUCUAAAUUCGACGCCAACGGUGCUUCAUCGACUCUCGAGGACGCACGACUGUUAGAGAGGGAAGAGUCACAAAAUGAACGCAACAGCCCUGUUACAAACUGCGCGACUUUCGACGACAGCAUAUCCAUUUUCGAUAAAGAACGACACGACGCCACCCAAGAUCCAGUGAAUUCUAUUCCACUAAUCCAGACCGACACGUUGUACAGUGAUGAAAUAUUGACAAAGGGCGAUGAGCCAAGAGCUGACCGCGAUAUCGUUGAUUUUGGAAAACGCGUUGGGAAGGCGCAGCCGCCUUCCGAGCACGCUUCAAACACGAUAAACAAUGGAGAAUUGGCCUUGAACUUCGAAACUGAAUUGGUUGAGGUAGCAAGUAUGGGAAUUGCUCACCCCAGAGAAGAGCUCUUGAAAGCAAUAAACGACUUUAACAAGAAUGUGGUGGAGAUUCAGCGAGUUUGUUUUAAGCAGAUGAUGCUACAGAUCGAGGAAACAGUCAAUGAAAUCUUGGCUGAAGUGGAACGACUCGACAACUUUCUAAAGUUCCAAAGAAUGAGCCCUGACAGUUAUUAUGAAAUGAAGUCGCAAAACGAAGUGGACAUACUUGUUGUACUGGAAAACAUUUCGCGUACGGAAUUUGUCAUUGAGGAUAUGAAAACACCAACUGGAUAUGCACGAAUACGUAUGACAUCAGCGUGCAUGACGUCAUCAGAUGCGAUAAGAACAUCAGACGUGACGUCAGAAGCUAAUAUGGGGUCGUCAGAUGGCACCAUUUACCAUUUGUGCACGAACACAGACUCUGGUGAGGUCUAUUUCUCACCAAAAGAGUUGUGCUUGAAAUUUGCUGCGUUAGUUUCUCGAGCAGCAGCGAAAAUUUUACGGCAUGGUUCGAGCCCACACAGGAAGAAAGUAACUUUUUCGGACAGAGAAGUGACAGUGCCUUUCGUCGUAAAUCUCAUACCAACAGUCGCCUGUCCGCAAACCUGGCCCCUGUGCGCUUACUGGCUCAGAAAUUACACUAAACGAUGGCCAUUGCCACACGUCAAAGAUAAGGUCAUUAAGGGUGGAAUGCACCUCGUUGCCAUGGCCACAAGCCGAGAGGCUGACCCCUUAUGGCGAAUAAGCUUUUGCUCCGCACGCCGGCGUCUUCUCGAGGCUGAUUGUGAUGGAAAAAAGAGAUGCUUGCGCGUGUUGAAAGUUCUCAUUGACAAAGAUUUGUCAAGACCCAAAGGCAUCACGCCGCUGUACCUAGAAAACAUUGUACUAUGGGCCAGUAGAAAACACUGGCAAGAGGAGGAAUGGGCCGAGUCUAUGUUGGCCGACAGAUUCCUCGAGAUGUUGGUGGCACUGCAUAAAUGUUUGCAAAAUAACGAUUGCUAUAAUUUUUUUGUACCAACAAUGAAUCUUUUCAAUGAGUUGAAACCCGAUACUUUAAAAGUGUUGGCUUCGAAAGUUGAAGACAUCUUGCGUGAUCCCUUCAAAUAUCUGAAAACCUAGGGAACCUUACCCACCUCCCAACGUGGGAGGUUUUACUUGCUCUAGAGCGCCAGGGCAAUAUCAAGACAACUUUUCCUAUUUUGGUUAUCGUUACCUGUAUGAUUGACAUUGAACUAAUCCUGUUUUUUUUUUUUUUUUUAAUUUCUAAACUAGUCGCUUUCGGUCAUUCCUUGGAGUAAAAGUUUUGAAGUUUUUUAUCCUGAUGAAACAGUUUUGGUUCAAAAGCUGUACAUCUUAUAAUUUGAUGGCCAUCAGAGUGCAGCCUAGUACCAUGCACUAGUGUCCCAACAGGGUCGUAACAUACAUCGGCUUGAAUAUUGACAAAAACCCUUCUUUCUGGACUGAACAAUUUAUACGUGCUUUCUUAAAUGAUGGUCAGUGAAAUAAUUCCACAUAUAUUUCUGAUGGCACUGACAAGAAAAUUUAAUAUUAUACUUUCUCAUUAACAGAAUAGAACAUUGUUACGUGCGGAAUUGUUUUCUGAAAGUUUUGUUAGAUUACGGAUACUCACCCCCACCCUCCCAAAUUAUGUCUGAAAUACGGACGAGUCUGUUUGCUUUUUUUUUUUAAUCGGUUUAUAUUUUUACUCAUUUAUCUUUACUGUUUUUUUUUUUUUUCUCAUAAACUAUUCUGCCACUACACUUGUUACAUGGUCUCGAUAUAAGAAAUAACGCUUUUAUUAUAUAAAUUACACCUUGGUAGGAAAGAAUUAAAUAAUUGACAUCAAAUAACCGCAUUUUAUCCCUUGUUGUUUAAAUAAAUCAAAACAUUUCUAAAAAAUGUUUCGCCUACGAGAACACUCUUGUUUAGAAAACCGAGCAAGGCGAACACCGAAAACAGUUUUGCUCGCAGGCUGGCGAGCUUUCAACUGUGGUAAAUUAAUAUGUAUUUAUAAGGGAUGCAUAAUAACUUGAUCUAAUUUAACCGCCUGAAUUACCGUUAUGUUUUAUGCAUGUUGCUCGAAAAUAUUACAUAUUUCAUUGUUAAUUACGUACUUCAAUUAAGACAUUGUGUUCUGCUGUGAAUGUGAACAGCUCAUACAAUAACAUAGCCUACAAAGGACAAUUCCACUUAUUUAAUAAUUACAACGUUGUGAAUUUGAUCAAAAGUCUGUCGGACAAUAAAAUGGACCCAGAAAGACUCAGUUCGAUCCAUAACGCAAAAUUAAAAACUUGUUUUCCAAAAUUGGUCAUCAGUUGUGGUAGAAUUUAGGGAAAAUGUACCUCAAAGAUAAUUUCUCGUUAAUUCAGACCCUUAAUCUCUUAUGUGUUUUCCUGGGUUCCCUCUUUAAGCCAAGAUCAUCUCUGAGCUGGCCAUCUAAAAAAGACCCUUUAACUUUUCGAAAACGGAAAAAAAAAAAAAAACUUUGUUUCUUUCGCAGUUGUUUCCAAGCUGCAUGUAAACUCCUCCAAACUGAUAAAGUCUAAGACUGAUUCGACCUGACUUUGCAGCCAACUGUCCAUUAUCAACAACGAAACAGUUGGGGGAAUCGCUUUUAUUCGCUUUGUGUAAGAAUUCUCUCGAACUUUGAUGAGUGUAUCCUCGGCGGCGGCGCGUGUUUGACUAUCAAACAGACGUAUCACCAGGUUUGUGACCAUUACGCUGGGAGAGCCUCCUGGUGCCAGGAAAGCUGUUGUUCGAGCCAUGAGCGCUGCGUGUAAAGGGCUGCUCUUGUCUGAGUAGCAAACUGUUGAAUAACGUGUCGAACCUCGAGUCCAUGUGCUCGAGCAUGGCCUGGAGUUUAGCUUCAACCCGCCCCAUAAUUCUUUUUUCCGCGGCAUAGAUGUUCGUAGUGAUAGAGUUAUAAACUGACAAACAUCCGGGGCAUCCGCACUCGG